UCGAUAUUCCUUCCUCUUGGAAUGUGGAAACUGGUCCAGAGCCAAAUUCCUUUGUGCCGUCAUUAUUGAUAUCUCUUACUGCUCCAAAGCUAGGAGUGAGAGAUUUCAAAGGCACACAUUAUUUAGGGGGAAGAUUUGUUUCGCCGGCAUUGGCAGAGAAAUUUAAUUUAAAUCUGCCACCUUAUCCGGGAACCGAACAAGUUGUUGAUAUCACGGGAAUUCCAAUAUCAACAGAAGAGAGGUUGUAA